UGCACUGCGCGCUCUGCUUCACAGUGUAAGCAAGAGGCUAAGGAGGGUUCGACCGCCCUGGUUUCCCAGUAGAAACAACUGUCCCAAGAUCCGAGGUAGCAUACUAAGAAGAAACCGGGAAUUAAUUGGCCGUACAAAUCACAUCUUUUUUUGUGUGCUUUUUUUCCCCCCAACUUCAUAGUCGGCCAGCAUGUUUUGUACAACCUUUUGGUUGCUCCUGGUGUCUGCGCAUGUGGCCUCGACUGCGAUACAUAACGGGAGCUCCAUCGUGAGAACGUUCGCCAUAACACGCACGGUCCAGAGGCCCACCGACGAGCCCUUUGACUCGGACUCGUACGGUGACACAAGCUGGAAACAUUUCGUCAUUUGGGCACCGGAAGAGCUGCAAAACAACUCCUACAAUUCAGCAAACGAGACUUGGCCGAGCGAACACAUCUCAAAGCAGGCCCGGCAGUUUCUGAGCAGUCCUCUGUCCACGGUCUUCAUCCCGUCGUUCUACACGCUGGUGUGUCUGCUGAGCUUGCCCCUCAACGGCCUCGCCCUUGUGACGUUCGCACGGCAGGUGCGUCCCGUCAAACCGGCGGUGGUCUUCAUGUUGAACCUGGCCGGGGCGGACCUGCUCUUUGCUCUGCUGCUGCCCUUCAAGAUCCACUACCACUUCAACGGCAACGACUGGACAUUCGACCCGCUUCUGUGCCGCGUGGUCACGGCCAGCUUCUACUGCAACAUGCACUGCUCCGUGCUGCUCAUCGCCUGCAUCAGCGUGGACCGCCUGCUUGCCGUCGUCUACCCCAUCCGUUCGCUGGGCUGGCGCCGGCCGCGCUACGCCGCCGCGGCCUGCGGCACAGCCUGGACCCUGGCGCUGGUGGGCUCCGCCCCACUGGCGCUGACGGAGCAGACGGUCCGGCUGGACCAGCUGGGCAUCACCACCUGCCACGACGUCCAGCAGAUAGAGCAGCUGCAGUGGUAUUACAAGGUGUACUUCUCCACCGUGGCCGUCGCUCUCUUCCUCCUGCCCAUGCUCGUUACCCUGGGGUGCUACGCCCUCGUCAUCUGGGCGCUGCGGAGGGUGCCGGACAAAGUGGGCCAUCACUCGCGUAAGAAGGCCCGGGCCAUGUCCAUGGCUCUGAUCGUGCUGAUGCUGUUCCUGGUUUGUUUCGCCCCCACCAACUGUCUGCUGCUACUGCACUACCUCCAGUUCAGCCCCCUGGUUGGUGGCGCCGACGGCUCCUAUGUGGCCUACCUGGUGUUCCUGUGUGUGGGGAGCCUCAACUGCUGUCUGGACCCUCUGGUCUACUACUUUGGCUCGUCUCAGUGCCAGCGGCAGCUCUCUGCCACGCUUGGCUGCCGGAAGGGGCUUGAUAGUGGCAGGAAGAACAGAUACUCAUGCUCUGAGACCUCCUCCAGAACUGUGUUGAGGUCCAGCCACGCCGGGUUCACCAGUCUGAAGGCCAAACCUCCGGGAGCCAAACUGGACUCUUUCCAGGCCAGCCUCGAAAGCCAGUACAAGAAGCUUCUUGUUUAGAUCAAAACCUGAAUGUACUGGAUUGGUUAGCCCCGGCACAAAGGCUUUUACAUAGGAAAUUAAAACAAAGCUUUGAACCUGUAAAAAAGUGAAUUGGUUGUAUAUAUUUAAUUUGCUUUGAUUUAUAAAUGUGAAUGAACCAAAGUAUUAUUUUCUUAUUAGAAGCUUUUAUCAAAGAUAACUGAAAAUGUUUCUAUUUAUCUACCUAUAAGUAUCUACAUCAUGCAGGUUAUUCAGGCCUUCCUGCCUAUGGACCCUCGAUAUUAGUUUUGCACGCUUACAAAGUCUACAUGCACUCAUAUUCCUUUAUUUUAUAGGACUCGAAGUGAGCUGAAUAAACUAAAUCAAUACAAAAAAACAUGUAA